AUGAAUCCAGUUUUAGUCUGCUCCUCAGAACCAAGAUCAGACUUUUGCGAGAUCGUUAAUGGUGAUAUAAGAAUCCACGCUAAAUCCUCCACUGUUUACAUCUCAUCAUCUUCUCCAAUCUCAACACAAAACUCUUCAUGGUUUAUCAAACCCUACGCUCGAAAAAAUGAUGAAACGGCCAUGAGCAGAGUAAGAGAGUGGCUGAUGAAAACAGAGAAAAACACAGAUCAGAUUCCUCCAUGCACGAAAGCACAUAAAGCUCCAGCAAUACUUUUCUCUCUCGGCGGAUAUUCAGGCAACAAUUUCCACGACUUCACAGACAUAAUCAUUCCUCUGUUUUUAACUUCUCGUCACUUUAAUGGCGAAGUUCAGUUUCUUGUCACGAAUCUCAAAUCAGGGUGGAUUCCAAAGUUCAGAGAAGUUAUAGAAAAUCUGUCGAAGUACCCAGUUAUUGAUAUUGAUAAAGAAGAAGAUCAAACCCAUUGCUUCACAACCGCCAUUGUUGGACUCAAACGCCAUGGUCGAGCAGAGUUGAUGAUUGACCGGUUAAAAACUCCAUACUCCAUGGAAGAUUUCAGGGCUUUUCUCCGAUCAGUUUACUCCUUACCGGCAAUCACAACCGCCGGGAAAAGCAGAAAAAAGCCGCGACUUCUAAUUAUAUCGAGGAAAAAAACUCGGACUUUCAGCAACCCAGAUGAGAUUUCCAGACUGGCAAGAAACAUGGGAUUCGAAGUAAUUGUUUCAGAGGCAGACGUGGGAGUUGCGAGAUUCGCAGAACUCGUAAAUUCUUGCGAUGUGAUGAUGGGUGUUCAUGGAGCUGGGUUGACAAACAUGGUGUUCCUCCCUGAAAAUGCGAUCUUGAUUCAGAUUCUCCCCAUCGGAGGGUUCGAUUGGCUGGGGAAUUUCGACUUCGGGGGACCAUCGAAGGAGAUGAAAUUAAGGUACUUGGAGUACAAGAUCAAAAUGGAGGAAAGCACAUUAAUUCAACAGUUCCCAGUUGACCAUCAAGUGAUGGAGAACCCUUCUGCAAUUCUGAAACAGGGAUGGGAAGCGUUUAGGUCGGUUUACUUGGUAAAACAAAACGUAAAUCUUGAUGUUAGUAGGUUUAAACGCACUUUGUUGAAAGCUCUUGAACUUUUAAAUCAGUAGAUAUAAUAUAUAUACACAUAUAUAUGUCUGUGUGUAUAUAU